AUGGACAAUAGGAUCACAAUAUGUGACCCAGACGAAGAAGAAAUUAACAAUGAAAUAUUUCGGGAUAUCGAGCCAGUCACGUGGAUCAAUGAUGAUCCGAACUAUGAUUUGGAUGAGAUCAACAUGUUCUUCCAUAGGGUGGAUUCAGAUCAGAUUAUAUACGAAGAAAAAAAGAAAAAAUGUAAAUUUAUCGGUAAAUAUGUUAUGGGUGAUGUUCUUGGUGAAGGUAGUUACGGAAAGGUGAAAGAAGUGUUGGACUCAGAGACACUUUGUCGAAGAGCCGUGAAAAUCUUGAAAAGGAAGAAACUUCGUAGAAUCCCAAAUGGAGAGCUUAACGUUCAACGGGAAAUAAGACUAUUAAGGAUAUUAAAACAUAAGAAUGUAAUUAACCUUGUAGAUGUUUUAUAUAAUGAUGAAAAGGAGAAGAUGUACCUAGUUAUGGAAUUUUGUGUAUGUGGAUUACAGGAUAUGUUGGGAAGCACACCUCUUAAGAAGCUUCCAAUUUGGCAAGCACAUGACUAUUUCUGUCAGUUACUGGAUGGUUUAGAAUACCUCUACAGCAAAGGGAUAGUACAUAAAGAUAUAAAACCAGGGAAUUUAUUAUUAGCAUUAGAUGGCACAUUGAAGAUUAGUGAUUUUGGAGUUGCAGAGGCAUUAGAUAUGUUUUCUGAAGAUGAUACAUGUAAAAUGGGACAAGGAUCACCAGCAUUUCAGCCUCCUGAAAUUGCAAAUGGCUGUGAAACAUUUUCUGGUUUUAAAGUAGAUAUAUGGAGCAGUGGAGUUACAUUGUACAAUAUAACUACAGGUCAAUAUCCUUUUCAAGGCGAUAAUAUUUAUAAAUUAUAUGAAAAUAUAGGAAAAGGUGAAUAUACUAUACCUGAAGAAGUAGAAGAGCCACUAAAAUCUCUUAUACAAGGAAUGCUGCAGAAAGACGCAGAUAAAAGAUUUACUUUGCAACAAGUUAAAAAACACCCAUGGACUAUAUGCAGGCAUCCUAAAACGCAAGAAGAAGUGCCUAUACCUCCUCUUAAAGGACAUAAAUGGCACAGCAUGACCGUACUACCGUACCUGAUGGAGUAUCAUUACGGAGGUGACGACAAUCCUACGUAUUAUACCGAACAUCAGCUAAAUGAAGAAAAACGGCUUCAAGAAAUGGACAAAAUUAGUGAAGACCAAAAAACUACUUGGAAUAGUCACAACAGCAAACCAAAUUCACAUCAAAGUAAACGGCGAUGGCGCAAACCAAUUUCGUGUAUUAACGUUAAGAAAUUUCCGUCUUGUAAGCCAUCGUGAUUUGACUCAUUACCAUGCUUAUCUUUUAUUAUAUAUUUUCCUGACUAUGUCAGAUACAAAGUUUCUCUGCAAUGGAGAUGACUGAAAAUUUAAUAAAUGCUGAACCGUGCUAGAAUAACGACCCAGCUACAGCUCGAAUUGAGUAUGAAAUUUGAACUAAUUCAAAAACAUUGAAAAUGUAAACAUUUGUGAUAUUAAUAUUAAAUAGUCAUAGUAGAUAAUUCAUUAUGAUCUAUUAAUUAUGAGGUUAGUGACUCGACAUCCAAAUAAAGUGAUUUUCUUUCAUGUGCCAUAAUGAAGUUACAAUUAUUAAGGAUAUCUGUUGUUAAACGUCUUUUUUGUACAAUUUCUUUCUUUUUUUUUUUAUUAACUUAGGCGAUAAAAAGAUUUAAAAGGCAACACAGAGAAAAUUAUAAAAUUAUUUUUAGUAUCCUUUUCACAAUCAUCAUUUUACUAUUAUUCUAUUACUCUCACAUAUUAUAAAUUAAAAAAAGCGUGUUAAUCUGAAAGGAAUAUGUGUGAGUUUUUUUACUAACUUUGACGUUGUAAGAGUUUGUACUCGUUUUUAUCUUUUCAGUGGAAAGCAGAAACUUUUGUUUAUUAAACAAGCUUAUUUAUAUAAUGCAUCAACAAACUAUUUGUAAUAUAAAAACUUUAUGACCGAUGUUAUAAUGGGGGAUAAGGUUAUUCGAGCAUACAAAGAGAAUAUUUGGUGCUGACUAAUAUCAAACAUAUGUCACAAAUAUUGUUUUAAAUCGACAUUGAAACUUUCCUCCAAUAUAUGUACAUGUUAAAAAUAUUUUAUAUAUAAUUGUUAUUUAGAAAAUAUGAUCUGUGUUUGUAGACUGCAUAUAUAUUAUAGUAUUAUCAUCGUGAGAUGACUUAUGAACACUUAACGCAAUUCUUGUAACAUGACUUAAUAUAAAACAUCGAUUCUUCUAUAAUACAAGAAUAUUGAGGAUUGUUUCACACAUACUUAUAAUAGAUAUUAUUAAAGCGUACUUGAGUAUCAUUAAGGAUAAAUGCAACAUUGUUGAUUUAUAUGUCUACUUUUAAA